AUGUCUCAGGCCCCGGGCGGCAAGAAGGGCGCUAAAGGUCCGCCGAAGAAGAUCGCAGAAGAUGACAAAACUAUCGCAGCCAAGAGCACAGAUGAGAAGGAAGAGACUUCUUCUAACAAUGGCGAUAAGAAGGAGAUUAAGGAAACAAACGGGGAUGUGUCGAAGCCACAGAGUGCGAGCGUUAAUAUGCGGGAUGCUGCAACCAAGAUAUUGGGCUUGGCGCAAAAGGGAGAAUGGCCAGCGGUGGAACAGACUCUUAAGGUGUUGGAAAAGUUGGUGGCGGCUGGUGGUGAAGACACAAUAACUGUACCGAUGGCGGGGAUACUCGAUCCGGCAACCGGAAUGACACCACUUAUGUACGCAGUAAAGGACAACCGUACGACCUUCGUGGAGCGGCUCAUAGAACUUGGAUCUGAUGUUGGAGCAAGAAACAAUGACAACUACAAUGUGCUCCACAUCUCCGCGAUGUAUUCGCGGGAGGAUGUUGUCAAGCUGCUGUUAUCAAAACGGGGAGUCGAUCCUUUUGCAACGGGAGGGAGUCGUCAACAGACAGCUGUUCAUUUGGUGGCCAGUAGGCAGACUGGUACUGCCACCAGUAUUCUCCGGGCUCUACUGACAGCUGCGGGAAAGGAUAUUCGCUUACGUGUUGAUGGGAGGGGCAAGAUCCCGCUGCUGCUUGCUGUGGAGGCCGGCAACCAGAGCAUGGUCCGAGAGCUUCUUAGUGCGCAAACGGCUGAACAACUAAAGGCAGCAACCCCCGCUGGCGAUACGGCACUUCACCUUGCAGCUAGGAGGCGCGAUGUGGACAUGGCGCGUAUUCUGGUUGACUACGGUGCACCAGUUGACGCUGUUAAUGGGGCUGGCCAAACCGCUUUACAUAUAGCAGCCGCUGAGGGUGAUGAACCGCUCGUUAAAUACUUCUAUGGAGUACGAGCGAAUGCUGCUAUUACGGAUAACGAAGAUCGUACUCCGCUGCACUUAGCCGCUGAAAAUGGUCAUGCUGCAAUCAUUGAGCUUUUGGCUGACAAAUUUAAAGCGUCGAUCUUUGAAAGAACAAAAGAUGGCAGCACUCUGAUGCAUAUUGCGUCGUUGAAUGGCCACGCAGACUGUGCGAUGAUGCUUUUCAAGAAAGGAGUUUAUCUUCAUAUGCCCAAUAAGGAUGGAGCACGCAGCAUACACACGGCAGCGCGGUACGGUCACGUAGGAAUCAUUAACACAUUGCUACAAAAAGGGGAGAGUGUGGAUGUUACCACAAAUGACAACUAUACAGCACUACACGUAGCAGUAGAAUCAUGCAAGCCGGCAGUUGUGGAAACUCUUUUGGGAUAUGGAGCAGAUGUUCACAUAAGAGGAGGUAAACAACGAGAGACACCUUUGCACAUUGCGGCAAGGAUACCUGAUGGGGAUAAAUGUGCAAUUAUGCUCCUCAAGUCUGGUGCAGGACCAAACAAAGCCACUGAAGAUGGUAUGACCCCUGUACAUGUAGCAGCGAAAUACGGCAAUUUGGCGACAUUGCUACUCCUUCUGGAAGAUGGAGGAGAUCCUCUCAGGAAAACAAAGACUGGCGAAACGCCACUUCAUAUGGCGUGCAGAAGUUGCAAGCCAGAUGUAGUACGGCAUUUAAUAGAGUUCGUUAAACAAACCAAGGGCGAGAAUGUUGCUACGGCGUACAUAGAUUCCGUUGACGAAGAUGGCGCGAGUGCAUUACAUUUUGCAUGUAAAAUUACAAAGGAAGAGGUAAAAACGCCUGCAGCGGACAGAGAAGUCGUUAAAUGCUUAAUGGAAAAUGGCGCGGAUGUGUCUUUAGUAACCAAACAUAACCAUGAGACAGUAUUUCAUUUCUGCGCUAUCGCUGGAAACAAUGAUGUCAUGACUGAAAUGAUUUCUGAUAUGUCUACUGCUGACGUCAGUAAAGCACUCAAUAAACAAAACUCUAUUGGUUGGACACCUCUUUUAAUAGCGUGUCAUCGAGGACAUAUGGAACUUGUAAAUAAUUUACUUACAAAUCACGCUAGGGUAGAUGUUUUUGACGUUGAAGGCAGAUCGGCACUACAUCUAGCCGCAGAACGUGGUUUUCUGCAAGUAUGUGAUGCUUUGCUAACAAAUAAAGCAUUUAUAAACUCUAAAGCCAGAAAUGGCAGAACUGCUCUCCAUUUAGCUGCCAUGAAUGGAUAUACACAUUUAGUUAAGUUCCUUAUACGUGAUCAUAAUGCAUUAAUUGAUGUUCUUACUUUAAAAAAGCAAACACCGUUACAUUUAGCUGCUGCUAGUGGACAAAUAGAAGUUUGUAAAUUGUUACUAGAAUUAGGAGCUAAUAUAGAUGCUACUGAUGAGUUGGGCCAAAAACCAAUUCACGCUGCUGCGCAGAAUAACUACUCUGAAGUGGUUCAGUUGUUUCUGCAGCAACAUCCAAACUUAGUUAUGGCAACUACAAAAGAUGGAAACACUUGCGCUCAUAUAGCAGCUAUCCAAGGUUCAGUGAAAGUAAUCGAGGAACUAAUGAAAUUUGAUAGGACUGGUGUUAUAUCUGCACGAAACAAAUUAAAUGAUUCUACUCCUUUACAAUUGGCUGCUGAGGGUGGUCACGCAGAUGUUGUGAGAGUUCUUGUUAGAGCUGGGGCCUCGUGUACUGAUGAAAAUAGAGCAGGAUUAACAGCAGUUCACUUAGCAGCAGAACAUGGCCAUACAAACGUACUAGAUGUCAUGAGAUCAACAAAUACUUUAAGGAUAUCUAGCAAAAAGCUGGGGCUAACUCCUCUUCAUAUAGCAGCAUAUUAUGGUCAAGCCGAAACCGUCCGAGAGCUUCUUUCACAAGUUCCUGGAACGGCAAAGUCAGAUCCACCUACAGGGAUGUCUUUAGUCCCGGUAUUAGGUGCCGAAUCUGGUCUUACACCUCUCCAUCUCGCUGCAUAUAAUGGAAAUGAAAAUGUUGUGAGAUUACUUCUUAACUCUCCAGGUGUCCAAGUAGAUGCAGCUACUAACGAAAAUGGAUACAAUCCGUUACAUUUAGCCUGCUUUGGUGGACAUAUGUCCAUUGUAGGUCUCUUAUUAAGUCGAUCUGCAGAAUUACUACAAAGUGUAGAUAGACACGGAAAAACAGGAUUACACAUAGCUUCAACCUAUGGUCAUUAUCAAAUGGUUGAAGUUUUAUUAGGCCAAGGUGCAGAAAUUAACGCCACGGAUAAAAAUGGUUGGACUCCAUUACAUUGUGCGGCCAAAGCUGGACAUCUAAAUGUAGUGAAAUUACUAUGCGAAUCAGGAGCUUCACCUAAAAGUGAAACCAAUUUAAGUUGCGCUCCAAUCUGGUUCGCUGCUUCUGAAAAUCAUAAUGAUGUUCUUGAAUAUCUUUUGCAUAAAGAACACGAUACGCAAUCUCUUAUGGAUGAUAAAAGAUUUAUUUAUAAUCUUAUGGUGUGUUCGAAAAAUCACAACAAUAUUCCAAUAGAAGAAUUUGUUUUGGUAUCACCAGCACCUGUAGACACAGCUGCUAAGUUGUCAAACCUUUAUAUCAAUUUAUCUACUAAGGAAAAGGAGCGUGCCAAAGAUCUUAUAGCAGCUGGUAAACAGUGUGAAGCAAUGGCCACAGAACUAUUAGCAUUAGCCGCUGGUGCUGAUUCAGCUGGUCAUAUACUUACUGCUACGGAUAACAGAAAUAUCGAAUUUUUAGAUGUAUUGAUAGAAAAUGAGCAAAAAGAAGUCAUUGCACAUACAGUCGUCCAAAGAUAUCUUCAGGAACUCUGGAGAGGGAGCCUCAAGUGGAAUGGCAUCAAAAUUAUGUUCCUUUUUUUCGCAUUUAUAAUAUGUCCACCAGUUUGGGUGGUGUUUUCUCUUCCGCUAGGCCACAAAUAUAAUAAGAUUCCAAUAAUUAAGUUUAUGUCGUAUUUAACGGCUCAUAUUUACCUUAUGAUAUUAUUGUCAUUAGUGGCUAUAACACCAAUCAAUAACUCAAUAUUCAGGGAAAGUUUAGUUCCGAGAUGGUACGAGUGGAUGCUUCUAAUUUCUUUAAGUGGGCUUUUGCUCUUUGAAUUAACAAACCCUAGUGAUAAGUCAGGUCUAGGGUGGAUAAAAAUGGCCGUAUUGUUAUUUGGAAUGAUUGGAGUAGCGACUCAUGUAGUGGGGUGGAUAUUUGUUAUGCCUAAGUAUUGGCCAACGUUAAUGUAUUGUAGAAAUCAAUGUUUUGCCCUUUCCUUUCUUCUGGCUUGUGUCCAAAUUUUGGACUUUUUGUCAUUUCAUCAUCUUUUCGGACCAUGGGCUAUAAUAAUUGGUGAUCUUAUGAAAGACUUGGGAAGGUUCUUAGCAGUAUUAGCUAUAUUUGUCUUUGGAUUUUCGAUGCAUAUCGUAGCUCUCAACCAGCCGUUUAGAAAUUUAAAUAAACCGGAAGAUAAUAAAUAUGCCAGACAAGCGAGAAGAAAAGUCUUUUCAGACGUGACGAUGAAUCCACUAUUUUCCUUCGAGCUACUGUUCUUCGCUGUGUUUGGUCAAACCACAACGGAACAGACGAGAGUGCAUCGAAAUGACACCAACACGCAACCAGCGUGGACAAAUUACCUAUUCAAAAUUGUAUUUGGAAUUUACAUGCUGGUGUCAGUGGUGGUACUAAUAAAUCUCCUGAUUGCUAUGAUGUCAGACACAUAUCAAAGAAUUCAGGCUCAAUCAGAUAUAGAAUGGAAGUAUGGUUUAUCCAAGUUAAUUCGUAACAUGCACAGAACGAAUACAGCUCCAUCUCCACUUAAUUUAGUGACAACAUGGCUAAUGUGGCUCAUUCAUAGAUGUAAGAAUCGACUGAGUAAGAAGAAACGAACGAGCCUGGUGCAUAUGAUUGGAACGCAAAGGCAGGACCAACUGAGUGCAAGAUCGAAAGCAGGGGCAAAGUGGUUAUCCAAGGUAAAAAGAGGACAGGUUGUACCAAAAGAUUCUACCCGUCUGUCUGUGGUGCAUUUAAGUCCAUUGGGUUCUCAACUCAGCAUUAGUAACACGACGCGCAUUGAGAAUGUAGUUGACUGGGAAAUCAUCGCUAAAAAGUACAGAACUUUAAUGCGAGAUGAGCCUGAAGAACCCAUAACCAAAGAAAGUGAGGCUGAUACAGCUGAUGAAGAGUCAGAGAUAGUUCCAAACAACAUAGCUGCUGCACCUCCUUGA